AUGGCCUCCACAAACGCCGCCUACGCACGUGACCCGAGCCGGUCGUCCAGCAACAUCGGCCUCCUCGACGCUCUGGAGCCGGACGUGCCUGAAACCCCGAUGCUGACACCGGCGCCGGCGCCGCCAACGCCAAUGUCGACGCCAACGCCGACGCCGACGCCAACGCCGACGCCGACGCCGACGCCAACGCCGACACCGACGGGUGAGGUGGAGUUGGUGAAGACGACCGGUCGUGCCGUGUCGCCGGUCGGCCGCGGAGCCGCGUCGAAAGCGGCCAGUCUCAAGUUCAUGCUCUCGUCGCCGUUCUCGAGCCAAAUCAUCGGCCUACAGACCGAAGAGGUGGGUCUCUCGCAUCUGCUGCACAAGACGAAGAAGCCGACCAUGGCCGGUACCAAACUGGCGUCAGAGACGGGUUUGGUGUUCAGCAACCAACUGAAGGACAAAGAGUACGUCUAC